CUCCAACGCUCCUAGAAACCUACAAAUCAUCAUCUCAGAGGACGCAAUGAAGAUGACUAUUCACCUUCCCCCAACUCUCUCGUACGGUUGCGCGGCCUCGUCUGCCGAAGCUCCCAAUGACACCAUGAUACGGCGGUUCGCCCGCACGAGAGCGCCCUGAACCCCACCUCGCACCUCACACCUCACACUGAUCACUUCCCAGCCCCAGCUCCCGAAGAAUAGCCCCUGUCAUUAUGACCGUCCUGCUAACACCACGAUCUCUCUAGUACUCCAUGUACGGCCACAUCCGCCAACUGGCCGAGGCCGAGAAGAAGGGCAUCGAAAAGGCCGGCGGCACCGCCGACCUCUUCCAAGUCGCAGAGACCCUCCCCGAAGAAGUCCUCACCAAAAUGGGCGCCCCCCCAAAAGCAACAGACGUCCCCGUCCUAGACGAUCCCGCCACCCUCGAAUCCUACGACGCCUUCCUCCUCGGCAUCCCAACCCGCUACGGCAACUUCCCCGCCCAGUGGAAGGCCUUCUGGGACAAGUCCGGAAAGCAGUGGUCCACCGGCGGAUACUGGGGCAAGCUCGCCGGCCUCUUCAUCUCCACCGCCUCUCUCGGCGGCGGCCAGGAGUCCACCGCCAUCGCCGCCAUGUCGACCUUCGCCCACCACGGCAUCAUCUACGUCCCCUUUGGCUACGCAAAGGCCUUUCCGCUCAUGGCGGAUCUGUCCGAGGUCCACGGUGGUGGUCCCUGGGGCGCGGGUACCUUUGCCGGUGCGGAUGGAUCCCGUCAGCCUUCUGCGCGGGAGCUCGAGAUUGCUACGAUCCAGGGCGAGGCGUUUUACCAGACUGUUGCCAAGCACGUUGGUUGACUGCAUGGCAGCGGCGAGAGCAGCGGUGGUGCUGCCGCGAACGGGGCGAACGGGUCCGAGAAGCCGGCGGCUGCCCCCGCGGUUCCGGCAAAGGAGC